GAACCGAAAUUGUUUCCGACCUACUCAUUUCCACAGCCUAAGAACAAAACGCUGAAAUGGCUGGUGGUAAAGCAGGAAAAGACAGUGGCAAAGCCAAGGCGAAAGCUGUGUCACGCUCCCAGAGAGCCGGACUGCAGUUCCCAGUGGGUCGUAUCCACAGGCAUUUAAAGACUCGUACUACCAGCCAUGGGCGUGUAGGUGCCACAGCGGCAGUGUACAGCGCAGCCAUUCUUGAGUACCUCACCGCUGAGGUACUAGAGUUGGCAGGGAACGCCUCUAAAGAUCUGAAGGUGAAGCGCAUCACUCCCCGUCACUUGCAGCUCGCCAUUCGGGGAGACGAGGAGUUGGACUCCCUCAUCAAGGCCACCAUUGCUGGAGGAGGUGUGAUCCCUCACAUCCACAAGUCCCUGAUUGGAAAGAAGGGCCAACAGAAGACUGCAUAGGCAGAUGCCACCUUGUUGACCAGAACUGUGAAGGCUUGUGUUCGGAGUGGACUGUCUUCUGAGUCACUUGUGUUUGGACUCUGACUGAACCUGGACCUCACAUUAAUCCUUUUUUAUUAUAUUUUAGCUGAUGAGUGACUGUUAGUGUUUUGUUAUUGUAAUAUUUCCCAUUACUAGAAAAAGGGGGGGGGGUCUUGAAAGAAACAUUUGUAUGUAUGUUAUUUUAGAUUUUUGGGCAGGAUGGGUGGUGGUACUUUUGUGACAGUUGAAUUUGUUUGAUUGGCAGGGCUUCAGAAGUGUUUUAUACUGAAAAAUUGAAUUGUUAAAACCCAAUUUUUUUAUAAAAAAAGUUGUUUGUGGUUAUUUCAUUCUUUCUGCACAUUUUCAUCAGACAUUGCUAUCUUGGUUCAUGUUACAAUCUGUCAUUUAUCAUGUUAAGAGUUAAUGUAAGUCCUUUUCUUUCUCUUGAUGACAACUGAAAUCUUAUCUAAAAGCAGUAUUCCAUUUAGUGUCCCAUCACUAAUAAACUACUCAGGUUUUAGUCCGU